AGCUACAUUUCAGAGCUCAUUCUUUUAAUUAUGCCAUAGGAAGUGUUGCUACAACACCAGGUGAAUUCUUGUUUGUACUUUUUCUUUUCCAUUCCUUAUGGGAGUAAUUAAGAUUCUGACCUUUUUACAAUUUAUUAUGCUGUGUAAAAAAACAAACAAACAAACAAAACCCCAAAAACCACACAAACCACAAACUACUGCCUUUUUCUGGCCUCUGAGAUACCUAGUCUGCUGGCAGGAAAGAUAUCAAAUGACCCAUCAUUCGCUGUCUUCUGUGCCUCAAAAUAUGAGCUGUGUAAUGCAGAACAUGGUGGUUGCUGGUUUCUCCAUCCUUCCCUCUGCUGCCGCCGCACGGUUGAGCGUGGUGAGCCGAGCAGUGAUAAACUACCUGGGUUUUUAGAUCUGCACUUUCCUGCUUUUCCCGGUUCUUUUCUUGAUUUAUUUUUUUGCAUUCAAACAAUACCUCAGACAGUAAGUGUGCAUGACCUGUCCAUGGCGAUGCUGAGGAUACAUGCUAUUCCAGGCAAAGGCCAUGCUGGCUCUGCAGAGAGGCACCACGUACCUGACUGCGUUUCUUAUCAGCCAGUUUUUCUUGACUGCAGGAUCUGGGAAUCCCCGCUCCUCCAGGCUGCCAAAGAGAACAACCUCCCAGCCAUCAGGAAACUUCUCACUGAUGGAACAUGUGAUAUCUAUCAGAGAGGUGCGGUGGGGGAGACUGCCCUUCAUGUAGCUGCCUUGUACGACAACAUGGAGGCAGCAGUGACUCUGAUGGAAGCAGCUCCUGAGCUUGUCAAUGAGAGGAUGACUUCAGAGCUCUAUGAAGGGCAGACGGCUCUCCACAUUGCAGCAGUGAACCAGAACAUCCCUUUGGUGAAAGCUUUACUCAAGAGAGGGGCCAACGCCUGCACGGCACAGGCCACUGGGCAUUUCUUCAGGCGCAGCUCUCAGAACCUUCUCUAUUUCGGAGAGCAUGUUUUAUCAUUUGCUGCCUGUGCGGGAAAUGAAGAAAUUGUACAGUUGCUCAUUGAAAAUGGAGCUGACAUUAGAGCUCAAGAUUACCUUGGUAACACUGUCCUUCACCUCCUGGUUCUCCAACCCACAAAGACGUUUGCCUGCCACAUGUACAGCCUGAUACUUUCCUAUGACAAGAGCAAAGAGGGACCUGGAUCACUUGAAAUGAUUCCUAACAAUGAGGGGCUUACUCCCUUCAAACUGGCUGGAGUUGAGGGCAACACUGUGAUGUUUCAGUACCUUAUGCAGAAGCGCAAGUACAACCUCUGGUCCUUUGGCCCCUUGACCACUGUGCUCUAUGAUCUCACAGAGAUUGACUCCUGGGCUGAAGAUCAGUCUUUCCUUGAGCUCAUUGUCUCAACCAAGAAGAGAGAGGCACGUCAGAUCUUGGACCUAACACCUGUGAAGGAGCUGGUGAGCCUGAAGUGGAAUAUGUAUGGUCGUCCCUAUUUCUGUUUCCUGGCUUUAUUCUAUAUACUCUACAUGGUCUGCUUCACCAUGUGCUGCGUCUACCGGCCUCUGAAACCCCGAGCAGGCAACAAAACAAGCAGCAGAGACAACACAAUCUAUGUCCAGAAAAUGCUGCAGGAAUCAUAUAUGACAUACGAGGAUGAGCUGAGGCUGGUGGGGGAGCUGAUCACAGUCAUUGGAGCUGUCGUGAUUUUAAUCCUUGAGAUCCCAGAUAUCCUUAGAGUUGGAGCAGCAAAAUACUUUGGACAAACCAUCCUAGGAGGACCUUUCCACAUAAUUGUCAUCACAUAUGCUUGCAUGAUUCUGGUAACCAUGGUGAUGCGUCUCACCAGCACAACUGGCGAGGUGGUGCCCAUGUCCUUUGCCCUGGUGCUAGGGUGGUGCAAUGUCAUGUACUUUGCACGAGGCUUUCAGAUGCUCGGACCCUUUACUAUCAUGAUCCAGAAGAUGAUAUUCGGAGAUCUUAUGCGCUUUUGCUGGCUCAUGGCUGUGGUGAUACUAGGCUUUGCAUCAGCUUUCUACAUCGUCUUCCAGACAGAGAACCCUGAAAAACUUGGGCAGUUCUACAACUACCCCAUGUCCUUGUUCACUACCUUUGAGCUGUUCCUCACUAUCAUUGAUGGCCCUGCAAACUAUGAUGUGGACCUGCCCUUUAUGUACAGCGUGGUAUACUUUGCCUUCGCCAUCAUUGCUGCCCUCCUUAUGCUCAACUUGUUAAUUGCCAUGAUGGGUGACACCCACUGGAGAGUGGCCCAUGAGCGGGAUGAGCUCUGGAGAGCCCAGGUUGUUGCUACUACUGUGAUGCUCGAGCGGAAACUGCCGCGAUGUCUCUGGCCUCGCUCUGGAAUCUGCGGGCGGGAGUAUGGGCUGGGGGACCGAUGGUACCUCAGAGUUGAAGACAGGGUUGAUCCCAACAAACAUAAGAUGAUGCGGUACACAGAAGCAUUUAAGGCUCAGGAUAGGGAUAACUAUGACAAAGGUUUGGAAAAGCUGGAAAUCAAUAGGGACAUCCUGUACAAGAAGGAACUGACCACUCUGCCAUUGUCACGGAGCACAUCCAGGACUAGCUCUCACCGUGGCUGGGAGAUCCUGAGGCGUAACACCUUGUACCAACUUGGUGGAGAGGUUGGUCAUGCCAUGGAAGAGGAGGUCUAUGAUGUUUAAGAAGCCUGGGAUUUUUUACCUCACAACACAGAUUACUUUUGCAACAACAGUUGUCUUCUCCAACUUUCAUACAGACUCCAGCAUGUUGCACACAUUGGUCAGCCUUGAAGAACUCUGCUGGUGAACAGUUCAUGGCAUCUAUGCUACAAGAUAUGAAUGCAGUCUUUUCUGUCCUACAUCUGAGUGUCUGCUGUUGCACUGAUAUUUGCACCAAGCUGAUAGGCUUGUUGAGCUGUGAUCUGUGGUGGUUUGUUAUCCUUUGUAAAGUCCUACAGAAAUGAGUGAAGGAGGCCAGCAUCCAUUUAAAAGAGAAGUGAUCAGUAAGACCUCUUCCAGACUGUUGCAUACAGUAUAAUCUCACCCUCCAGUUCCACAAAAUCCCAGUGCUUUCAUAGCAGAGACCUGACUGAAGUUCUGUUUUACGAUCUGGUAUGGAACUGAGAAAAACCUUGUAAGCCCCUGCUUGGGGACGAAGGUAACUGUGACACUGUGACGAUUAAAAGGACUGUAACUACUGAACUGGCAUGCAGGGCCUGACAGACUCUGCCCUCUGAGGAAAGGCAGUCUCUGUGAACUGCAUUUUCAACGUUGCUACCUUGGCAGGACUGUUGGCUUGGUUUGGUUUGCUUCUUGGGAGGGUGGGUGUGUGUAUUGGUAUGGUUUUGUUUAUUUUAUUUUAUUGUCACUCAGGUGAAUGCACUAUAAGCUUUUGAAAAGAAGUGAUUGCUAUUCCUGGGAGGAUUCUGAAGGGUCUGAAGUGGGAAAUUCUUUUCCUAAUGAGAGCAUGUAUAACCUGGUUAGGUGACACUUAGUAGCGUGAAAUUUCAGCAAGAGCUGUUAAUCUCCCGAGUGAGCUGAAGCGCCUCUUUUGUUUUCUGUGGAAGAGUAGGAUUCUGAACCAUAGCUCUCUGGCUUGUAACUGAGCCAUCAAGGCUGGGUUGAGCUACAUAUAUGAGCUACAACAUAGCAUUGAAAGAAAUGGAGAGGAAAUGUUGGGUAGAUGAGCAAGCUAUAGCACAGGCAGUUCAGAAACUGGUGCACUCUCUCUCUGAAAGUCUAAAACUAUGCGAUGAACGAUGGAGUCAUCCACACAGUUCCCUCCCAGGCACAAUGCUGUGCCAGUCUGUUAAUUUGUCAUCUGCCUAGGGCCACUUAAAGAAAAAUGGGGAAAUGGUCAGGGAAAUGGACUGUCAUUUCAGGCUGCUUUGUAUUCUCAGAGAAUGGACUUUCUUUCCAAUAGCAGAAGUGGAAAGAAAUCCGUGGUCUUAACAUUUCCUUCCAACAGGACUAGUAACAGGCUUUGUUGAAGAAACCGAGGAUUAUUAUCUAGCAUGAGAUUUUGAGCCAAAUUGUAUUGAAAUAUCACUACAAAUAUCUCCUCCAUCUCCUCGUUUGCAGGUGCUGUAAUGGGCAUAAUGAUCUUUGUGAUUAUGUGUAUUUAUUUCAGUAUGUUCUUCCCUUAUUUAUGUUCUGGUGGAAGACUGACAGAAGACUGGCUGGAAUUCAACCGCGUUCUUUUGAGUUGACUCAUUUUGUUGAAUUGGAAGUGUUGCCUGGUCUCCUACUGAAGUAUUGUCAGCCCUUCCCGAGAUCCUUGGGGUUUGUAUUGGCGGCCUGUGGAGAUGGGGCCAUGCGGUGUGGUACCCAGCGCUGCAACCUGCUGCUCUGGUCGUAGAGGAAUUUUCUUUCACUGUGGAUGGGCGAUACCGCUGUUGUCCCCCGAGCGGGCUCGGUCCCUGGUGCCCCUCCCCACACCGGCGCUGCGCCCCGCCCCCCGCGCCGCCCCCCGCUGUCAAAGGCCCGCACGUUUAUGCAGUUCGGCGUACAAACCCAUCAGCCCCCCGCGGUUACAAGCCACCCAGAUCCGUCACUCUUCAGUGCUCCGUCCCGUCUGUCUUACGUUCUCUCGCUUCGCGCCUUCAUCAGCCCGCGCGCUCAGCCUCCCCCUCUGCCGGGCAGGGGGGUUUCUCGGGCCGCGGGUGCCGAUCUCCCCCCGCCGCAGCUGCCUCUCCCCGGCUGCACCGAGCUUUGCCCGGG